UUCGAGUUAUUACAGUGUUUAACACUUGUUACGGAUAUAGAAUUAAAUAUUGGAGGAAAAAUAUUUAUUUCUCAUUUCAAGACUUGAAUCAAAUAAUUUUCCGAAAAUUUUCCAAUAUUUCAACAAGUAAAAACAGGGUUCAAUCAAUUACUAGUAUAUCACUAGUAUAAAAAACAAACGUGCUAGAAAAAAGUUAAAAUAAUCAAAUAAAAAGUAAAAUCAGGUCAAUCGGAACUGAAUUCAAAAAUGUAUUCAAUGAAACGUGGAUGCAUUUAUUUAACUAUACUCAUCGUGGUUUUGAGUGUAAGUUUCCAAGAAGUGGACGGCAGACGUUUGGUUUUAAGAGGUCGAAGAACAAUAACUCGCCACUAUUACACCCCUCCAAUAAUACCAGCUUGGUUGAUGAUUGUUUUCAUCGCUCUGGCAGAGAUUUUAUUCGGUAUAAUUCUUUUCUUUGUACUACGAAGAAUGGUCUUGACUAAAUCCGAUGAAACAAUGAACACCUACCGACCGGCUCCUCUUGAAGACAUCUCUAACAAUUAGUUUUUUGUUUUGUUUUGUAUUUUCAUUAAAAUGGAAUUCUUUGCAAUUUUAUAAUUAAAAAGUCCACGGGAUAUACAUUUUCCAGUUUUUAUAUUUAGCAAAUCAUUAAUAUAUAUAAAGCUUUAUGUAAAAGAUUAAGACUUAAAUAUGUUUGAAGUCAUCUGGGAUGUUCCAAAAUAUAUCAUCAUCAUGGUGUUCAUCCUUCUUCAGGUUGCGCAUCGCCGGCAAGUUUAAUACAACCCCAGUCAAAGCACCAAAAAUCAAAGCAAUUAAUAUUGUACUAAUAAUACCAAGGGCCUGAUAUCCAGCCUGUUCCAUAUUUGUUCUUCCAAAUCCCUGCAAUAAAAAAAUACACCAAAUAUUUCUCGAUUUAUUUUGACGUGCAUAAAAUUAUAAUGUAAACAUC